AUGUAUCUCGGUUGGAUUGAUUAUGGCAUGUUGAUUUUACUUUUGGGUUUUUCGGUGGGUAUUGGUAUUUAUCAAGGUUGUUUUCGAUCAAAACAAUUGACUACAAAUGAAUUUCUAAUUGCUGAUGGAAGAAUGAAAAUUUUACCGACGGCAAUGAGUUUAUUGGCGAGUCUGAUGUCUGCAGCAACUCUGCUUGGAAUUCCAAUUGAAAUUUAUUCAUAUGGAACAAUGUACAUUUAUUGGAUUUUUGCUUAUUUUAUUGGUACUUAUUUUACAGUAAAUUUAUUUAUUCCAAUGUUUCGUCAAAUAGGAAAUUUAAGUAUCUAUGCAUAUCUCGAACAACGUUUUUCGUUAACAGUUCGUGUUGUUAUAACACUUAGUUAUAUGAUAGUGACGAUUUUUUAUAUAGCUGUUAUUUUAUAUGGACCAAGUCUAGCAUUAAGUCAAGUAACUGGUUUACAUAUAUGGUUAGCAGUUGGAUCAUGUGGAAUUAUUUGUACACUGUACACAAGUAUUGGUGGAAUGAAAGCAGUUAUAUGGACUGAUGUUACACAAACGAUAAUGAUGUUUCUUGGUGUUAUUUUAUCAGUUAUUAUUGGAUUUUAUGAUGCUGGUGGAAUAAAAAAUGUAUUUAAAAAUGCAAUGGAUGGUAAUCGAAUUCAAUUCUCAACAAUUACAUUAGAUCCAUCGAUUCGAUAUACUGUUUGGAGUGUAAUUAUUGGUGGUGGUCUAUAUGCUACAGCUGUAUAUUCUUGUUUACAAACUCAAGCACAACGUUACUUAUGUGUAAAAAGUACACGAGCUGCACAAAAAGUUGCUUGGUUAAAUUUUCUAAUGUGUACAAUGAUGCUUUUUCUUUGUGCAUCUGUUGGAUGUCUUCUAUAUGCAAAAUAUAAUCAAUGUGAUCCUCUUCAAGCUAAAUUAAUAUCUAAACCUGAUCAACUUUAUCCAUUAUUUAUUAUUGAAACAUUAGGCAGAUUUCCGGGUUUAACAGGUUUAUUUAUUGCUUCGGUUUUAAGUGCUUCAUUAAGUACAGUAUCUAGUGGAAUAAAUAGUAUAGCAACUGUUUUUCUGGAAGAUAUUUAUAAAAGAAUAUCAACAGAAAAUUUAAUGUCUGAUAAAAAACAAGCGAUGAUCUCAAAGAUAUUAUCGGUAUUUAUCGGUCUUCUUGUGGUAUUUUUAGCAUAUAUGACAUCUUUUUUAGGAAAUAAUAUUAUAGUGAUAGUUUUUCAAAUAUCUGGUUCAUUUGGAGCACCAAUUUUAGGAGUUUUUCUAAUAGGUUUUUUUGUACCACGAGUAAAUAGUCGAAGUAUUCUUAUUGCUUUUGUAUGUUGUUUAUUAUUUCAAACAUGGGUACUUAUUGGUGCUACAUUAACAGUUAAACCACAAGUAGGAAAAGGUGGACGAUUACCAACGUCCGUUAAAGGAUGUUUGUCAUCAUUUAACAUUACUCAAGCAAUUCCAAAAAGUCAAAGUUCAAAUUUUCUAUUACCACUUUAUUCGAUAUCUGUUAUGUGGUAUUCUUUUAAUGCUGUUGUGAUUAUCGUUGUUAUUAGUUUAUUAGAAUCAUUUAUCUUUGGUUCAAAUGAUCCAAAAAUGAUAGAUAAAUCAUUAUUAAUAUCAUGGAAAAACAUAUUUUCGUGUUAUUGGAAACAUAAAAAAUCCGUGAGCUUACAACUUAAUGAAAUAGAUACAAUUGAAACACAAACAAUUGAACAAGAAUCAAUUCUCUAG